AUGGAGUCCUCAUACAUCGCUGCUGUGUAUGAGCACAAUUUAAUCACCAACCCAGACCCUCGUGUCCUGGUGUCGCGGCAGGCUGCCCUUCAACACAUGCAGAAAAACUUGGAUAUCUAUGAAGUGCAGGCUGCACGAGCCGCUCAGCAGGUAUGAUUUAUUGGAAAGUUAUAAAUGCUUAGUAGCGACUCAUAAAAAGGGUUACUUAUUGCUCUACUAAAAAUCAAUGAGCCACCAUGUGCCAGGUUUUUUCUAUUGCGUAACCAGUAAGUGUAUUAUUCAAUAAAAGGGUCAUACCUUAUAUGACAGCAAAUGACUGUGCAUUCAGAAUCCUGGCAUGUUUUUUCAGUCGUGUCUUCUCUGGUCUUUAUCAGGGUGCCCAGAUCCUGGUGUUUCCAGAAGAUGGUCUACAUGGGUUUAACUUCACUCGACAUCCAUCGUAGGUUAUCUUGAAACAAUUCCUGACCCCCAGCAGGAGAGCUGGAACCCCUGCACAGAGCCUGAGAAACACAACAAUACUGAGGUGCACAGAUAUACACUCAUGUUUGAUGUCUAUCUUGAUUUAAAGAUACCCACGAGCAGCCAACACUGGUCUGUUAUUAUGAAUUACAUUUCAGAAUGGUUGUUUUACAGGUUCUUCAGCGGUUGAGCUGUAUGGCUCGUCGGAAUAACAUCUACAUUGUAGCUAAUAUGCCUGACCGGCAGCCCUGCCCCCUGUUUACAGAUCCCACCUCCUCCUGUCCAUCUGAUGGACGCUGGCAGUUCAACACCAAUAUUGCCUUUAGGUGAAAUUGAGAUCUUAAAAUAGAGACAUCUGGCUUAACUCCAGCAAAUGCAUCAACACAUGAAUUCUUAAUUUCAUUAUCUUCUAGCUCUGAUGGCCUGCUGGUGGCACGCUACCAUAAAUACAACCUUUUCCAUGAGGAGUCCUUUGACACUCCACCACAGCCUGAGAUCAUCACAUUUGAUACUCCUUUUGCUGGAAAAUUUGGCCUGCUGACAUGCUUUGACAUCCUAUUUUACAAGCCCACUAUAGCACUGGUGGAAAAGGCAAAACCACUCACAAUUGUGUAUUUAGCUCUAUGUCCCUGUGUCGGAUCUCUUUUUUAAAAGCAGACUCUCUUCCCGCUCCUUUUAGGGUGUUCGUCAGCUGAUCUUCCCUACAGCUUGGUUUAACACCCUCCCCCUGCUUGACUCUGUCCAGUACCAUCGAUCAUUAAGCCGAAGCACCAAUGUCACCCUGCUAGCAGCCAACCUCCACCAUGAUGAUAAGAACAUGGCUGGGAGUGGUAUCUACACACCUUUUUCAUCCAUCUACCAUCACUCAAAGAGGGGAGACCAAGAGGAGGGCAAGCUGCUGGUGGCCAGGGUGCCGGUCUUAGACCCAGAGUGGUCGGGGCAGAGGGUGGCCACAGAAGAGGAGAAAUUGGAGUCUGAGUCCACUUCAUCCCCUGUUACAGACUCUGGAUUCUGUCACAGUGGGAGCUGCUCUGAUGCAUCUUCAGUCCCUUCAUCAUCAGCCACAUUCACAUCAUUCAUGAUUGGUGACCCGUUCACAUUUGUCCUCCUAAAUGAAAAAGAAGGUAGGGUGAAGGUGUGCAAUGGCUCCUUUUGCUGUCACCUGCAGUACAAGCGAAUUUCACAGGGUGACAGUGAGGAGCUGUAUGCAUUUGGUGCGUUUGCUGGGCUGCACACUUUGGAUGGAGACCUAUCCCUGCAGGUAUGAACUAAAGGGUUUAUGGAUAUAGACACUGUCCUUUACAACAUGUCUCACCUGUAUCCUUCCUUCUGCAGGUGUGUGCACUCAUCCGUUGUGCAGGGUCGGACCCAAGCUCCUGUGGACAGGGAGUGGUGGAGGGGAAGUUUGGAACCAGAUAUGUGUACCCAUCAGUUUUGGUGAGUCAAAUGGUUAUAGGGGAAGUAAAGCAUUUUGACAAAUCUGCAGAUGGAAGAGUGACUUUAAAACACUCAGACAUGACUGCUGGACUGGUGACCGCCUGUCUGUACGGACGGAUGUAUCACCUGGACCACGAAUAAAAUGCUAUUGAAAAGAUGUGCUGAAAUAUUGUAGCUUAAUAAAAAAAAUAAUGUACACAGUCAUAAAAUAGUUUUAUCUAGUGUAACAAAUCAGCUGUGCUAAUCACACACUACAGUGAAUUGGAAAUGAAUUGUUUGAUUAUUUUUCUAAAGAACUCAAAAUAAAUCUUUAUGAUCAUUUGGUUUUCCUCUGUGUUUCAGUGGUAUCAAUCCUAAAUAUCUCUUGUUUCUUUGAAGAUUUUUUUUUUUACAUUUUAUUUUGUCCCUACCUAUGUUUGCAGUUUUCACCUGAAUUUAGACACCCAUGUGCUAAAAUUUUACAUGGUGUGUGCUAUAUCCAGAUCAUAAAAAAGGCUGCUUUAUGUCAUUAUUUUAGAGAAAAAGGGAUAUUAUUUUUAUUCUGAAUAUUCCUUUAAAGCUAAGACACCAAUCUUUGAACACAGAAAAACUGGGAAGAAUGUUUUCUUUUACAAAUUGAAGUUCAUCUUUUACUUCUAACAUGAUUAUUUUUGUUAACUAUAUAAAAAAAGAACUUUUUUUUCUCCGAAAAUGUUUUAGUUAAUUCUGAGAUAUAAUUCUUGUUAAUUCAGGAAACAAGAGCAGUUUUAUCCUCAAAUAAAUGCAGUACGCCUCUGUGUUGAAGAACUCUACAUUUCUGUCAAACAUUAAUCUCAAAUAUACCUCAAGGUAGGUAAAAAAAAAUAUGUUAAAAAUAACUUUGAAUGCAUUAAUCAGGUAAAAAGUUGAGAUUUUAUGGCGUUUCCGGGUUAAAAUUGUGUAAUUUCCUGUGGUUUUAGUCAACAUCAAAGCAGAGCAGUGGAUUAAACAUGGAAAAAUGUUAUGCAGGCCAUGCUGCAAGACCAAAACAUUGCACAAUUGUUUAAACAGCUUGUAACACCUGUUACUUACCACUUUAUUGUAUUAUUUUCUCUUAUUAAAAAGUAACACCUGUUACUAAACUUGUCUUAUUUCACUUUUAUUAGUCAUCCACUAAAUAUAUGUACUUGACUUUGACGUGUACACAGUAAUCCAAUAAGAGUUGCAAAUGUUGACUUUUUACGGUUAAUUUUAAUAUUUACCUCUUAAAUUCGUGCUCACUGCAGUCUGUCCCGUUGAAGAGCAUGGACAGUGCAGACUGCGCUUGGAACUAUGGAGGGGUACAUGAACCAUGUGACCGCUCUGGCGGCGAGAUCUGAAGUUGUCGCCACUCUGUUUAAUCCACUGCUCUGGGCUGACCCGUCACAGUUAUGACAUAUAACAAUUAACCGUAAAUCUGCUCUUACAGCUCAUAUUAGCAUGAACUAAUGCAACAACAUGAAGGAGUGAAGAAAACUUACCAAAAAUACAAGAUCAUGUACUAAUAUUGCCCAAACCUGUUUUUUUCCAAGUAUUUACAAUUCACUAAUGUGAUUUACAUAUGCUUUGUCCACUUUAUUCUCAAGUUUAAAUCAGGCAGCAGCCUCAGAUGUUGCACUGAAGCAUAUGCAGUGCUGAAACCUGCAGUUCUUUGAGCUUCCAUGAUAUAUCAGUUAUAUUGUAAAUUAAAAAUAAUCAUAAUAAAGAGAAUAGGCAGAAGGUUAUAGAGCUUUAACUUUAAAAGCUAGUAUCUCCUGGAAAUGAGACACAAAUGUGCCAUAUCAAAACUUUGCCCCCAAGCCCAGAGUAAGCAGUAUUUUCUAUCUGUCUGUCUAUCAGAAGGUCAGGGAUGGCUUCAGCUACCAUGGAUACAAACUCCUCCACUCUCCCAUAACGCUUAGUGUUCCUCAAAUGACUUACCUUCUACAUCAUGGCUGA